GCGCAAGAUGACAUGCGAUUGCCUCUUUAGCUGACGUCCUCGUUUGGACGGCAGACCUGCUGUUCUUGUCCUUCCGGUUACCAAGACUGAAGUGAACAGCCAAGGGCUUUGCCAAAAUGCAGGAGAAAUGCAUCGUCUUUAUUCUUGCUGUUCUGUCGUGUGUGGCCUUCUAUCGAUCUGAUGGUUUGAGCAUUUCGCCGCGAUGGUACUCACCAGGUCGUACGGACUUCGCUUUGGACCACAGAUUUUACAACUACCUAGAGAGAAGAACUAUGGCGAAACUCACGGAACUGAGAAAAGCUCAGCUGGUGCUGGUAAGCGAGCAAGGCGUCAACAGAUACAGCAUGAAGGGGGAUGCUGAUUACGCAGCGAUGAUCUUUUUCAGCUUAAAGCCCAGAGGUGUCAUAUUUAAACAUCCUCUGCGAUAUACAGAUCGAAGAUGCGACUGGAGGCGUUGCAGGGUAAAUUAUAGGCGAAGAACAUCAAGACGAAUGUGGCGAAAAUUCAGGAAAAUUAAUAGAAAGUCACAUGACCGGAAACUAAGAAGACGGAGAAAACAAAGAAAAUACGUUCGAAAUCGAUAUAAGAAUACAAGAUCCAGAUCACGGGGUAGACGAAGGGGAUUGAAAAGAAGACAGAGUCGCAGAAGAGGACGGGUUCAGAGAAGAAGGCGGAAAUACAGAAAAUUCAGGAAAAUGCAUAGAAAGUCACAUGACCGGAAACUAAGAAGACGGAGAGGGAGAAAACAAAGAAAAUACGUUCGAGAUCGAUACAGGAAUACAAGAUCCAGAUCACGGGGUAGACGAAGGGGAUUGAAAAGAAGACAGAGUCGCAGAAGAGGACGGGUUCAGAGAAGAAGGCGGAAUUACGGAAGAAGGCGGGUGUACAGAAGAAGGCGGGUUUACAGAAAAGGACGGAAUCAGAGGAGAGGACGGUUUCACAGAAGACGGUGGGGGUACAAAAAAGAAAGAUAUCACAGAAGAAGAGGGAUCUAUAGAAGAGGGUGGAGUCGUAGAAGAGGGUGGAGUCACAGAAGACUCAAAACGUUUAACAGGAGACAUUUUGCGGUCUACGGAAGAGUUGGCGUCUAUAAAGUCUUAUUGAAAGUAGAACCACACAAAGCCCAGCUCAUAUUUCUUCCCUCCCUAUCCAGUUUCCGCUACAGCACUGAACUGCGGAUAAAACGCAUAUAUUCGUUCAAUCCGAGAAGAGUAUCGUGGCCCUUACGCUUGUUUAAAUUGUUUUAAUGGUUUUCAAGUAGUACAUGUAGUUAACAAAUAAAAAUCAAAGGCAUGUCGAGAGCAGAAUGUU